AUGGAAUUGUUUAAUAAAGCAAAAUUAAUUGAAGAAUCAGAUAAAGGAAGAUAUGUAGAGGCUACAGAUAUAUUAAAACCAGGUGAUUCAUUAUUUUCAGAAAAUUCAUUUGCUUCGAUCCCAUUGGAAAACUUUUUAUAUAAAAAAGAUUAUUGUUUCAAUUGUUGCAAAUAUCAAAUUUCAACUGAACAGCAAACAUCAGAGCAACCAAAAUCAACACCAGGUUUCCCAUUCCAAUGCAAAUAUGGUUGCAAUAUGUGGUUUUGUUCCAAUGAAUGUGCAGAUGGAAUGGUGCAUCAAUUAGAAUGCUCAUUUAUUAGCAAAUUUGUAGAAUUAUCAUUAAAACACGAUUGUGAUGCAUCCAUCAGCUUAUUGGCACUUAGAGUGGUUAUGAAGAAUAAAGUUGCAAGUGAAGUCUUUGAACAAACUGUUGGUAAAUUAACCAAUCAAAAAUCAAUUUUCAUUCAAAACAAUAAAUCAUUCCUCGAUAAAUAUUCAAAACUUUUCGACCAAGUAUAUUUAAUUGUCAAAAGCGAAAAUUCAGAGUUAUCAUCAAUAUUUAAUAAAGAGGAAUAUUUAGAAGUUGUAUGCUCUAUUUUUGUAAACUCUUUUGCAGGUCUUUCAAAUAAUUUUAAUCGUACCCCAAUUUCAAAUGGUUAUUUUUAUAAAGCUGCUUUAUUAAAUCACUCUUGUGAACCAAAUACCUUUUUUUCAAUUCAAAAUUCAACAUUAGAAAUGAGAGUUGUUAAAGAUAUCAAUAAGGGUGAACAAAUUUUUGAUUCAUAUGUAGAUUUAUUAUUACCAACUAUUGAAAGACAAAAGAUUUUAUUAAAAUCAAAAAAUUUUGUUUGCGAUUGUUCAAGAUGUACAGAUAUUACUGAAAAUUCAAGAUUUGUUUCAUCAAUCCAUUGUAUUUUCUGCAAAGAUGAAACCAAUUAUAUUUCACCAAAAGUUAAAUACGACGAUAAAACCAAAAUACUUAAACAAGUUUGGAGUUGCUCAAAGCUUACUUGCCAAUUCAAUAAAAAGAAUAAUAAUAAGAACAAUCAAGAGUUUUUAAAUAUUUUAUCCGAUGUUGCCAAGUUUUACGAUUUCAUAAAUAACGAUUUAUUAUUCAAAGAAGAAAAGAAAGAAGAGGGUGAAGAACAAAUUCAGCCAAUGGUAGAACCAAUUUUAAAUAGAUUAGUAGAAUAUGAAACAAAUAUCUUAUCCAAAUUACACGAAAACCAUCACUGUUGGUUAUUAUAUCAUCUCCGUCUAUCAAAACUUUUUGAACGUUUCUCCGCAGUUUUCAAUAGUUUCGAUUACUUGUCUCAAUCAAUUCAACAUUAUAAAGAAAUCGCCAGAAUCGUUGAAUGUGUUAUUAAAUCACCAUCAAGUGAAAUCAUCGACAGUUAUUAUCAUUUAGCUAGAGUCAACGAAAAGUAUUUAUUAUCUUUAAUCAAUCAAAGAAAUAAUCAUAUCAAGCAAUUAGAAAAGCAAAAACAAAGAGAUACCACCAUCGAUAUCGAUUCAUUAAAUAAGGAUAUUAAAAAUCUCUUAAAAUUCAUUAAUACAACUUACAAAAAAGCUUAUGAAAUGGCUUUAAUCUGUUAUGGUAAUUUUAAACCAAAGACUUUAUUAUUAAAUGCUUUGGUUGAAAAAUCAAAUUUCAGUUCCUCAAAUUAA